AUGCCCCACUAUCUCGAAGAACAAGAUUCCCAUGUUACCAAAAUCGCAGUGCUCGGCGCGGCCGGCGGCAUCGGCCAGUCGCUGUCGCUGCUGCUCAAGACCGGGCUCGCACCGCUGGUGCUGCGCAGCCCCGGCAGUCACGUGCACAUGGCCAUGUACGACGUGAACCGCGACGCCGUGGCCGGCGCCGCCACCGACCUGUCGCACAUCGACACCCCCGUGUCCGUGUCGUUCCACGCCCCCGACGACGCGGGGCUCGAGCGCGCGCUGACGCGCGCGCAGAUCGUGGUCAUCCCCGCGGGCGUUCCCCGCAAGCCCGGCAUGACGCGCGAUGACCUGUUCGCGGUUAACGCGCGGAUCGUGGCCGGGCUCGGCGACGCCAUAGCCGCGCAUUGCGACCUGGCGCACGUGGCGGUGCUGCUGAUCUCCAACCCGGUCAACUCGCUGGUGCCCGUGCUGGUGGAGCGGCUAGCCGCGCACGGCGCGGAGCAGGCCGCGCGUCACGUGUUCGGGCUCACCCAGCUGGACGCCGUCCGCGCCUCCACGUUUCUCCGUGACGCGCUGGGCUCGGACUCCCACGACAUGCCGUUGGUGCCCGUCGUGGGCGGCCACUCCGGCGACACCAUCGUGCCGCUGCUGUCGCAGGCGCCCGGCGCAGACGCGCUGUCGCCCGACGCGCGUCGCGCGCUGGUGCACCGCGUGCAAUACGGCGGGGACGAAGUGGUGCAGGCCAAGAACGGCGCCGGGUCGGCGACGCUGUCGAUGGCGUACGCGGCUGCGCGCGUCACGGCGAAAUUUGUGGAGUUGCAAAUGGGGCUCGUCCCGGAGCUCCACGACACGCUCUACGUGCAGCUGCGCGACGCGCGCGGCCGGUUGCUCGCGCCGGGCGCGGAGCAAGUGGCCGAGCUGGUGCCGGGGGUGGAAUACUUUUCCGUGCCAGUGACGGUGACGGGCAAAGGCGUGAGUCAUGUGCACGGCGAGUUGUUGGCGCGCAUGGACGCGCACGAGCGCGCGCAAUUGCUGCCUGUGUGCGUCAAGAACCUCGCGGCCAACAUCCGUGCGGGACAGGAGUGGGUGGCGGCGGCUCCGUAG